AUGUAUAACAAUAAUGGCAGUAAGUGUUCGAAUGGAACUGAUACUCGAUUAAUUAAAAGUUUCCAUGAAUGGAAAUCACUGUCUACAAAUUUACAAGAGCAUGUUAUUGAAGUAAAAAAUAGUCUAAAAGAUACCGGUCUUUUCAACAUAUGUAAUUCACCAGAAAAAGCUCUGCGAGAUCUUCGACGGGAAUUAGGCUCGUUUGUUUGGACUCAAACAUUUCGAGUGCUUCUUGUGGCCAUGCCUCACAAUUCAUUGGAAGCUAAACGACAAAUGUUGCGAGAAUGUCGAAAAUGUUAUAAUGGCAAUUCUUUUCAAAAGAAGAAGAUUACAGAAUUUGAAAAAACAUAUCGAGCCUGCGAUGCUAUACGCUGGUAUACAAAACCAUGUUUUCUUUCAACUUUAGUUAACAAAACAUUGCGUUCAGAAAAUGUACAUGCUCUAUAUCUGUUCCGUUAUUUUAUUUUUGAUUUGUGUGAAAGUCUCGCCAAGGCACGAUAUUCUAGUUCAACACCGAUAUCUGUUUAUCGUGGUACAAUACUUCAUCGAGAUGAAGUUGAACAACUACGUGUCGGCUCACUUGUCUCUACCAAUGGUUUUCUUUCUUCAUCAUGUUUUCUAGAAGUUGCUUUGUCUUUUAUAAAUUCUGAUCAAGCAAACGAUAUUCAAAUCAAUCGAAAUCGUGAGAGUUCUGAACAACUCGUUCUGUUUAAAAUUGUUAUUGAUAUAAAUCAAUCGCCCGAUGUUGUUGUUGCAGAUAUAAGUAGUGAAAGUCUAAUACCGGACGAAAAGGAAUUUUUGUUUGAUCUUGGUACUACAUUUAUUAUUACCAAUACCUACUAUGAUGAUCAAAAUUGUAUGUGGAAUAUUCAAAUGACAGCUUCAAAUCAAGUGGCAAAACUAAAUCAUGAAUACGAUUCAUAUAUGCGUGAGCGACUCUCUGAAACGAAUGCUACAAUUUUAUUUGGUCGUAUGCUAGCUCAUCUGAGCGAAUAUUCCUUAGCAAUAAAAUAUUUUCAGCGUCUCCUACGUGUUUUACCAUUUGAACAUGGAGAUCGACCCAAUAUACAUUACCAACUGGCUCGCAUAUAUCGUUUUUUGGGUAAACAUCAACAAGCUAUUUAUUAUUUUCGAUGUGCUAAACUAUUGCAACGACGUGAUUUGCCUUACAAUAGUUAUGAAUAUGGUAUGACAUUAGCUGGUCUUGGUACUGUUUAUAUGGAAUUGAAUGAUUCAAAACGAGCAGUAUGUGUACUGGAACAAGCUAGUAUUUGCUAUAAUCUUGUUUCACAGAACUAUAAUACUGAAACAAUGUUUCAUUUUAAUCGACUCAGUUAUGCUUACUAUCUUGAACAACAAUAUGAACGAGCAUUACACAUGCUCAAUAAAACAUUGGCCAUUUACAAGCAGAAAAUGCCAGCCGAUCAUCCUGGUCACGCUCAGACUUAUCAUAAUUUGGGUUUGGUGCAUCGUGCGAUGGGUAAUAAUGAUGAGGCACUCGUUUCUUAUCGAGAAGCUCUCAGAAUGCGAGAGGCUCUACUUGCUCCCAAUCAUCCAUAUGUUGCUCGUACAUGUUUUCAGAUCGGCUUACUUUUUGAAGAACAGAAAGAUUAUAAUGCAGCGCUUGAAUACGGUAAAAAAGCACUUAUCAUUCAAGAAGUCAAACUACCAUCUAAUAAUCAAGAACUCGGUCUAUCAAGAGAGCUUGUUGGACGUCUGUUGGCUAAAAUUAAUGCGACUAAGAGUGAAUAA